AUGGAAAUCACGGGCGCAGCAGAGGAACCAGUUAUAACUUUCGGGUCAGAGGACCUGAGGACGCUCAUAUACCCCCAUGACGACGCGCUGGUUUUCACGGCUGACAUAGCGAGUUGUAUUGUACAUCGCAUCUUCGUCGACUCUGGGAGUGCGGUGAAUAUUUUAUACUUAGAAUGUCUCCAAGUUAUGAGGAUCGAAGCCACUAUUGAACCCACGAACGCCCCUCUGUUCGGAUUUGGCAGAGAAAUCGUCAUGCCAUUGGGGUUUGUGGAGUUACCAGUUACCCUUGGCAGAGCAGACGCUUGCAAGACCAGGAUGAUAGGGCAACAGAGGGAUCAAACUUCUUUCUUUGGGCCGGCAGAGGAACGGCGGGAAUUGACAGAGCUGUUAGAUGCUCGAAAAAACUCAGAGAAACCUGCCUUGAUAUCUACCAACGAUGUGUAUAACAUGAUUGAGCUAUUCCCGGGAAAAGAGAGCUUUCAGACAAAAAUUGGGUCAUCCAUGAGUGAACAAAUCAGAGUAGAGCUAAUCAACUGCCUUCAAAGGAAUGCAGAUGUAUUUGCCUUCAGCACAACCGACUUAAAGGGCAUUGACAGAGGAUUGGCGGAACAUCGCCUCAAUGUGGACUUCAAUGUAAAACCAGUAAAACAAAGAACAAGGCACUUUGGGGCCGAAAAAGAUGUUGCGAUCAGAGAUCAGGUCUAG